UUCUUAAAAAUUCAAAGAGGAAUUUUGAAGUUGAGAUUGAAUAUAUAAAUGGCGGAUCAUCAGAAUGGAAAUACUAAGGCUUCAGAUGGCAAAACUUCUGCAGCAGCCCGUGCAUACACCAUCAAUCUUGAAAAUUUCAGUAAAAGGCUGAAAAGUUUUUAUUCUCACUGGAAGAACCACAAAAGUGAUCUAUGGGGCUCCUCUGAUGUUAUAGCAAUUGCAACACCUCCAGCUUCUGAGGAUUUAAGGUACCUGAAGUCUUCAGCACUGAACAUUUGGUUGCUUGGUUAUGAGUUCCCGGAGACAGUUAUGGUUUUCAUGAAGAGGCAGAUCCAUUUCUUAUGUAGCCAGAAGAAGGCCUCUCUUCUUGAAGUCAUUAAAAAAUCAGCCACAGAAGCUGUAGGUGCAGAAGUAGUUAUUCAUGUCAAGUCAAGGAGUGAUGAUGGAACUGCAAUCAUGGAAGAGAUAUUUCGGGCUGUCCAUGCUCAUUCAAAAUCAGAUGGCCAUGAAUCGCCUGUUGUUGGACAAAUAGCAAAGGAGGCUCCUGAAGGGAAUCUGUUAGAGACAUGGGCUGGAAAACUAAAGAACUCCAGUUUCCAGCUUAUUGAUGUGACAAAUGGGUUCUCAGACUUGUUUGCUGUGAAGGACAAUACUGAGCUUACAUACGUGAAGAAGACAGCAUACUUAACUGCUUCUGUGAUGAAGCAUUUUGUCGUCCCAAAGCUUGAGAGGGUUAUUGAUGAAGAGAAAAAGGUCUCACAUUCUUCAUUGAUGGAUGAAACUGAGAAGGUAAUUCUGGAUCCUGCAAGGAUUAAGCUAAAGCUCAAGGCAGAAAAUGUUGAUAUUUGUUACCCUCCAAUCUUUCAGAGUGGAGGAGAGUUUGAUCUAAAGCCAAGUGCUUCAAGUAAUGAUGAGAAUCUCUACUAUGAUUCCACAAGUGUGAUCAUAUGCGCAAUUGGGUCUCGCUAUAACAGUUACUGCUCUAAUCUUGCCAGGACUUUUCUGAUUGAUGCAAAUACAGUGCAAAGCAAGGCUUAUGAGGUUCUCCUUAAGGCUCAUGAGGCUGCAAUCAGUGCAUUAAAACCAGGGAACAAGGCCAGUGCUGCCUACCAAGCAGCCCUAUCAGUUGUUGAGAAGGAUGCUCCUGAAUUAGCUGCAAAUCUGACUAAAUCUGCUGGUACAGGUAUUGGUCUUGAGUUCCGUGAAUCAGGAUUGAGUCUUAAUGCCAAGAAUGACCGGGAAUUGAAGGCAGGAAUGAUUUUCAAUGUUUCACUUGGAUUUCAAAAUUUGCAAGCGCAGACAAAUAAUCCUAAGACACACAAAUUCUCAUUGUUGCUUGCUGAUACGGUUAUUGUCAAUGAGAAGAAACCAGAAGUUUUGACUUCUAUCAGCUCUAAGGCUGUCAAGGAUGUGGCUUACUCUUUCAAUGAAGAUGAGGAGGACGAAGAAGAGAAACCAAAAUCCAAAGCUGAAGCCAAUGGCAAAGAGCCCUUUUUGUCGAAGGCACAACUCAGGUCUGUUGGCAAUGAAACGUCGAAAGAGGAGCAACGGAAGCAGCACCAGGCAGAGCUUGCCCGCCAAAAGAAUGAAGAAACUGCGAGGAGGCUGGCAGGGGGUGGGACUGUGACAGGGGAUGCUCAUGGUGCAGGGAGAGCUUUGGGUGAUCUUAUUGCAUAUAAGAGUGUCAAUGAUAUCCCUCCUUCCAAGGAAUUGAUGAUUCAGAUUGACCAGAAGAACGAAGCCAUACUCUUCCCAGUUCAUGGAAUCAUGGUUCCUUUCCAUGUUGCCACCGUCAAAAGUGUGAACAGCCAACAAGACAGUAAUAGGUCUUGGUUUAUCCGUAUAAUUUUUAAUGUUCCAGGAACCCCAUUCAGUUCCCAUGACGCAAACUCUCUGAAAUUCCAAGGGUCUAUCUAUUUGAAGGAGGUCUUGUUCCGCUCCAAGGACUCAAGACAUAUUAGUGAAAUGGUGCAGCAGAUUAAGACCCUCCGGCGGCAGGUUGCAUCAAGAGAGUCAGAAAGAGCUGAGAGGGCCACCUUGGUUACUCAGGAGAAGCUCCAAUUAACAGGGGGUAAAUUCAAGCCAAUAAGGUUGCUAGACCUCUGGAUCCGUCCAACUUUUGGAGGUCGGGGAAGAAAGCUUCCUGGUACUUUAGAGGCCCAUGUAAAUGGGUUACGAUAUUCUACAUCAAGACACGAUGAGCGUGUUGACGUCAUGUAUGGUAACAUCAAGCAUGCAUUCUUCCAGCCUGCUGAGAAGGAGAUGAUCACCUUAGUGCACUUCCACCUGCACAACCACAUUAUGGUAGGGACCAAGAAGACCAAGGAUGUCCAGUUCUAUGUUGAAGUAAUGGAUGUGGUCCAGACGCUGGGCGGUGGGAGGAGAUCUGCCAAUGAUCCUGAUGAGAUUGUGGAGGAACAGCGGGAAAGGGAUCGGAAGAACAGGAUCAACAUUGACUUCCAGAACUUUGUCAACAGGGUGAACGAGCUGUGGGAACAACCCCAGUUCAAGGGAUUUGAACUUGAGUUUGACCAGCCUCUCAGAGAUCUCGGCUUCCAUGGUGUUCCCUACAAGUCAUCGGCUUUUAUUGUUCCAACUGCAAGCUGUCUGGUCGAGUUGAUAGAGACACCUUUUAUGGUGGUUACAUUGAGUGAGAUUGAGAUAGUGAACCUAGAGAGAGUCGGGCUUGGACAGAAGAGCCUUGACAUGGCAAUUGUAUUCAAGGACUUCAAGAAAAGUGUCCUUCGGAUUGAUUCGAUUCCAUCUUCAUCGCUUGAAAGCAUCAAAGAGUGGCUUGACGCAGCAGACAUCAAGUACUAUGAGAGCAGGAUGAAUUUGAACUGGCCACCAAUAUUGAAGAGAAUCACCGAUGACCCUCAGGCGUUUAUAGAGGAAGGGGGGUGGGAGUUCCUUAACUUGGAAGCGUCUGACUCAGAUUCAGAGAAAACAGAGGAAUCUGACCAAGGAUAUGAGCCAUCAGAUGUGCAGUCUGACUCGGGUUCUGAUGAUGAGGACAAUGGUAGCGAGUCGCUGGUGGAGUCAGAGGAAGAGGAGGAGGAGGAUUCUGAGGAAUUCUCGGAGGAGGAGGAGGGGAAAACAUGGGAGGAGCUGGAGAGGGAGGCAAGCAAUGCGGACAGGGAAAAAGGGGAUGAAUCUGAUAGUGAGGAGGAGAGGAAGAGAAGGAAGAUGAAGGCUUUUGGUAAGAGUCGGAUCCCUGAUAGAGGCGGUCCUUCCAAGAGGCCUAAGUUGAGGUAAAAUGGCUGGAAUCAGUGAGAAAACUGCAUAGCAACAGUGGUGUUGGCACCUGAAGUAGGUUGACUUAGUUUUGUAAAUCUGGGGGCAUUAAUUUAGCUUGUCGGGCUGGGGGUCUUCUUUCUAUAGGCUUUUCUGUAUAUGCUUUUACUUCUUGUUUGGUUGUUUAUAUUUUAAAGGACCAGAUAAGCUUUGGCAUCUCUGAGCCAGGAGUGCUUCCAUGUACACUUUGUUACCAGAAAUAUUAAUCCGUCUAUUUAAUUUGUGUUCAACUU